GGAAAGGAAGCCAUCACGGUGCCCGGCCGCAGCCCCGUGCAGCCACGGCACAUCCUUCGCCACUUACUCUUGGUCGUUCAGCCGGCAUGGCGAUCCUGUCUGUGCGCGCGGUCAGGGCCGACAGCGCCGCUCGCGCCACGCUGAAGCUACAGCCGAGCGAGGAGCGAGCUCUGGACCGGGCUGAGCUGCUGAGGCGCGCACGGGCGGCGCUGGGCGGCGAAGACCUGUUCCUGAUCACGCAGGACGGACUGUUGCGCCCCGAGGACCUGGUGCAGUGGAAUGACGACGUGGCAGAGCUGAUACUGCGCUGCGGCACAGGGUCCUCGGAGCUGCCGACUGCGUACGUGCUCCCCAGUGGGUGCCUGUGCAGCCUGCGCCGCAGGCUGCCGGCUGUGCUGGGUCGCGUUCUGCCGCCGUACCAGCCGCAACUGUCGGAGAGCGAGCUGCUGCAGCUGCAGGCGGAGGUUGCAGACGAUGAGCUGGAGUUUGGCUGCCCGUCGUUCGUGUUCGCCAGCAGCCGCUCCAAUCGCAGCCAACUGAUGUCGGUUUCCGUGCUGCAAGUGAUCGGCAACACAAAGUUCACAAUCAGCGACCUGGUACCAUCCGACACCGUGGAGUACUUGAAGGCCCGCGUCUGCGCCACGGCGGGCAUCCCGCCGGCCCAGCAGUGUCUCGUCUGGCACUGCAAGCUGGAGAACGGCCGCACCCUGGCCGACUGCAACAUCAAAGACAAGAGCACGUUGCAGUUGUGCUUGGGCAUGCAGGGCGGCACGUUCCGCGUCCGCAGCGGCACUGGCGGUGCGGAUGCCGCUAGGGCGCAGCUGCGGGUGCGGCUGUGCGGCGGCAGCGGCGGCGCAGCAGGCGGGGCGGCGGUGCGGACGCUGUUGCUCCAGUGCGGAGAGUUCCCGAGCGUGCAGGACCUGGUGCAACGUGCCCGCGGCGGCGGCAAGCCGCGCUGAGCUGCAGGGCAACACGAGCAGGAGCAGGGGCCGACUGGAUAGGGGAGAGGGAAGGUACGGCGGCAGUGGUCACCUGGGGCCCAGGCCGGUGCUGGGUUCCUGGCUGACAGGACGCCGCAAAUGGGACGGUGCGGGCAGAUGAGGAGUCGUGACUCGUGAAGCGUCAAGACAGGCAUGAAUUCGGUGACUUGGUUAGGGAUCCCAUCAUCUCAUGCUUGCAUCAGAGUGUUGAGAUUGCCGAGACUGCUGACUUGCGCAGCUGGACCGGUCCGUUCUGUCUAAAGUGCGUGCACAGGUGAUGGUGUGUGGUAUAGUUAUAACUACGAAAUGGAAAAGGCAAGAGCACGGCGCCCUUGUGGUGGACGUGUUUUGUGUGGCGGAUGGGGUGUAGGCAGCCGCCAGUUGCGACCGUGAGCCCAGCACGUGUCUGACACCACCCCUGUCUGACACAUCCACGACCUCAUAGCAAAAGUUCCAAAAAAAUA